AUGGCUAUGACGGCAAGAGCUGUAAUCAAGAAGACGAAGAAUAUUUUGGGCGGUGUCACUCUUCUUCCACGCUCUACUUCUCACUCAUUCCGUUCCUUCAUUUUCCAAAACCCUUCUCCUCUCUCUCCACAGAAUUCCCAAUCUCUCCCGUUCUCAACUCCUCACACUUCAUUCUAUCGCCAUUUUUCACUUUCACAUUCAGGUGAGACAAGUGAUGAUGGUGCAAGCACAGAUGGAUGGGAAGAGGAAGACGAGGCUGAGCCUAAGAUUGGUGACGGUGGAAGUGGUGGCGGAGUUGCCUUGCAAAAUGUGCCUUGGGGUCAGCGAGCGCUAUCUAUUGCUGAAGAGGUCCUUAUGAAGUUCAGUGAGGACAUCAAACUCUAUGCUUUCAAAACUAGUCCUCGUGGAUAUGUUUACGUGAGAUUGGACAAAUUAACAAGCGAAUAUGGAUGUCCAAGCAUGGAAGAGCUUGAGAGUUACAAUCAGGAAUUCAAGAAAAGAUUAGAUGAAGUUGGAGCACUUGGAGACAUACCUGAUGAUUUGGCUCUUGAGGUUUCUUCCCCGGGUGCUGAUAGGAUACUGAAAGUGCCAGAUGAUCUUAGUCGAUUUGAAGACAUGCCGAUGAGAGUUUGCUAUACAGAAAAUAUAGAGUCCAACUUCCGUGAAGUGGGUGGAGUAUUCUUUUUAGAUUCUAUCGAAAAAGACUCAGAGACAUGUGUUUGGAAAUUGGCAGAUGUUAAAGAGAAUCGAGAUCCUACAAAGAAAGGCAAGCCAUUGAAUCGUAAACAGAAGGAUUGGAGAUUAAGGUUGCCAUUCGACUUGCAUAGAAUGGUAACACUAUAUGUUGAUUACUAG